UGGGCGCGCGCGCAAGGGUUUGAAUCUGGUCCGAGCGCGGGAAACUGUGGGUCCCUGGUGAGGGUUAUAAAGCAAGCCCCCUUAGAACAGUCUCAUCUAUCUGUCAUGGAAAAACGUGAGGCUUUCGUCCAAGCAGUAUCUAAGGAGCUGGUUGAAGAGUUUCUGCGGUUUGUUCAACUUGAUAAAAAUUCUUCUGAUCCUUUUAGCUUAAGUGAGUUACUAGAUGAAUUAUCAAGGAAACAGAAAGAAGAAUUAUGGCAAAGGCUGAAGGAUUUACUCACAGAAACGUUGUUGGAGAGUCCUGUGGAUGGGUGGCAGACAGUAGAAGUCCUGGGUGAAACUGAAAUGGAGUCAGAGCACAGUCCAAAGAUGAAAAAGAGCAUAGAAAUAACAUACGCAAUUGCAACUGUAAUUCUUGCUUCUAUAUCUAUAAUAAAUGAACAUGAGAACUAUGGGGCCCUCUUGGAAUGUGCUGUUAUAUUGAAUGGCAUUUUAUAUGCAUUACCUGAAUCUGAACAGAAACUCCAGAACUCUAUUCAGGAUCUGUGUGUCAGAUGGUGGGAAAAGGGCCUGCCUGCCAAGGAGGACAUGGGAAAGACUGCGUUUAUCAUGCUGCUAAAGAGAAGUCUGGAGACAAAAACAGGUGCGGAUGUGUGUCGGUUAUGGCGCAUCCAUCAGGCUUUAUACUGCUUUGAUUAUGAUUUGGAGGAAAAUAGAGGAAUUAAAGACAUGCUACUUGAGUGCUUCAUAAAUGUUAAUUACAUUAAGAAGGAAGAGGGAAGAAGAUUUCUUAGUUUUCUCUUCAGUUGGAAUGCAGACUUUAUUAAAAUGAUCCAUGAAACCAUUAAAAAUCAGUUAUCUGGAUUACAAAGGUCUUUGAUGGUACACAUUGCAGAAAUUUAUUUCAGAGCUUGGAAAAAGGCUUCAGGGAAAAUGCUGGAGGCCAUUGAAAAUGACUGCAUCCAGGACUUCAUGUUCCAUGGCAUCCACCUUCCACGGAAGUCUCCAGUGCACUCCAAAGUACGAGAGGUGCUGAGUUACUUUCACCAACAGAGAGUGCGUCAGGGAGUGGAAGAGAUGUUGUGUAGGUUGUACAAGCCCAUCCUGUGGCGAGGACUGAAGGCCAGAAAUUCUGAAGUUCGAUCAAAUGCUGCAUUGCUGUUUGUUGAAGCAUUUCCUAUUAGAGAUCCAAACUUCACUGCCAUUGAAAUGGACAGUGAAAUUCAGAAGCAGUUUGAAGAACUAUAUAGCCUUUUAGAAGAUCCUUACCCACAGGUUCGUUCCACAGGCAUCCUUGGUGUUUGUAAAAUAACUUCUAAGUACUGGGAAAUGAUGCCCCCCACCAUUCUUGUUGACCUCUUGAAGAAAGUCACAGGGGAGCUGGUAUUUGAUGCAAGCUCAGCUGAUGUUCGUUGUUCUGUUUUUAAGUGUUUGCCGAUUAUUUUGGAUAAUAAACUGAGCCACCCAUUAUUAGAACAGCUUUUGCCACCACUCAGGUAUAGUCUCCACGACAAUUCAGAGAAAGUGAGGGUGGCUUUUGUUGAUUUGUUGCUGAAAAUCAAAGCUGUGAGAGCUGCAAAGUUUUGGAAAAUAUGCCCCAUGGAGGACAUUUUGGUUCGCCUGGAAAUGGAUUCUCGGCCUGUGUCUCGGCGCCUGGUGAACCUCAUCUUCAAUUCUUUUCUGCCUGUGAACCAGCCUGAGGAGGUGUGGUGUGAGCGCUGUGUCACACUGAUCCAGAUGAAUCGUGCAGCUGCCAGGAAGUUCUAUCAAUAUGCCCAUGAGCAUACUGCCAGCGCCAACAUAGCAAAGCUCAUCCACGUCAUCCGUCACUGCUUGAAUGCCUGUAUCCAGAGGACUCUGAGAGAGGAACCCGAGGACCACAAGGAAUGUGAGAAGGAAAACGUCAGCGUAUUAGACAACACCUUGUCAGUGAAUGACACCGUGUCCAUGGCAGGGUUACUGGAAAUCAUUGUGAUCCUCUGGAGGAGCAUCCAUAGGAGUUUGGAGAACAACAAAGAGGCCAGAGCUUACACCAUCAGUAAGUUUGCAUCUGUGCUUCCGGAGUACCUGAAGGUGUUCAAGGAUGAGCGCUGCAAGAUUCCUUUGUUUAUGCUAAUGUCCUUCUUGCCAGCCUCUGCUGUCCCUGUGUUCAGCUGUGGUGUGAUUUCUGUCCUGAGAAAUCAGGAGGAGAAUGUUACAGGCAGGAGCUACUGUACCUUGUUGGACUGUCUGUGUUCCUGGGGCCACGUGGGCCAUGUCUUGGAGCUCAUUGUGGACUGGCUGCCACCAGGGCCACUGCAGGCCAAGAGUAAUUUGGCCUCUAAACGUAAAGUACAAAUCAGUGACGUGUGCCCAGUGAAGCCCGAGUUAGCACUGUUGUACAUGGAGUACUUGCUGACCCAUCCAAAGAACCGGGAGUGUCUGCUCUCUGAGUCCAAGAAGAAGCUUAACCAGCUUUUAAAGGCACUUGAGAGAUCCAAGGCAGAUCUGGAAUCAUUUCUUCAGUCUCCAAGUGGGAAUCCCCACAACUUCAGUAAAGCAGCUGCUCUGCAUGCCUUUGGUCUUUACUGUAGGCUGAGUGUCCAUCUUCAAUACAAGUUCUGCUCAGAAGAGAAAAUUCAUCUGUCCAUCUUGAAUGACACUGGGUCUUGGUUAGAAAAUAAAGUUUUACCUCUUCUUCAAGAUCAAGAAGAGGAGUAUCUGAAGCUUCGGAGGGAUGUCUAUCAACAGAUCGUCCAGACUUACCUGGCUGUGUGUAAAGAUGUUGUCAUGGUUGGCCUUGGAGACCCUAAAUUCCAGAUUCAGCUUUUGCAGAGGAGUCUUGGGAUAAUGAAAACAGUGAAGGGAUUUUUUUACGUUUCAUUACUUCUUGGCAUUCUGAAGGAGAUAACUGGAAGCUCCAUGAUUCACAGAAUAGAUUCAGAUGAAGAAGUCACAGUACUUUUUGACCUAGUCCAGGAAGUAUUUCAGAAGAUGUUGGAAUGUGUUGCCGGGACCUUCAGGAAGCAGCCAGAAGAAAGUCUGCCGCUCUUUCAUUCUAUUCAGACCCCCCUUCAUGAAUUUAUCAGCACUGUCCAGUCCUGGCACAAGGACACUGCAGUCCACCACGCUGUGCUCUCUACUCUGAUCGCUGCACCUGUGGUCGAGAUAAGUCACCAGCUGCGGAAGGUUUCUGAUACAGAGGAGCUGACCACACCACAAUGUCUGGCUGACCUUCCUCCACUUUCAAGGUGUUUGGUGGGAGUAAUAAUGAAGUCUUCGGAUGUUGUCAGGUCGUUUUUGGAUGAACUAAAGGCAUGUGUAACUUCUGAUGAUAUUGAAGGCAUUGUGUGCCUCACAGCUGUUCUGCAUAUUAUUUUGGUUGUUAACAAAGGUAAACAUAUAAGUGCAAAGGUAAAGGAGGCAGUAGCAACUGUGAACAGAAAGCUAAAGACGUUUAUGGAGAUCACUUUGGAAGAGGAUAGCCUUGAGAGGUUCCUGUAUGAAUCGUCAAUGAGAACGUUGGGAGAGUUUCUGAAUUCAUGACAAAACCACAAUCUCUGGGGGUGUAGAAACAGAAAGACUGUCGGAAACGAAAUGUGUGUAUCUUCCUUGCCUUUUUAAAAAAUUUUGUCAGACUAAGCCUGGAGGCCUGAGUCUGUUAGGAACACAGCCAGGCCAGUAGCUGCCCAGAGAUGGAGCCCAGUGCAGCCGUGCUGCUCUACCACACACUGUGCCUUUAGUCGACUCGCAGAGAUAAAGAGUGGGAAAUCGGGGGAAAGACUGGCAAGCAGCUCAGCGUUCUCCCCAGAAGCCUGGGCAAAGCGUAUGGAAACUGUGGCAUGGGACAGCUCUUGAGUUCAUUGGCCUAUGACUUACCCAUUAUUUAUUAUUUGUGAUGAAAUUCUCACUGGAACAGAUUUCUCUUUGGCUUUUCAGCAGGGCUGUCGUUAGCCUACACAGGACCUGUGUUCAAAUGAUGAAAGAAUCCCUUCGUCAAGAUGUUUUACUGCCAUCUGCUGUGCAGUUUGUAACAAACAGACACAGUGUAGAGCACUGACAUUGAAGUGUCCACUUACAGCUCAGCUCAGCUCUGACAUCUGAGCUGUAGGUUUUGUAUUUACCUACUCUAAAGGCAGCAGCCUCCUUCCAUAAAAAGUCUUUAUCAGAUCAGAGAAGGCUCCUUGUUUGAGUGCUGCUGUGUGCCAUGCACAGUCAUGGAUGGAGCAGGAAUUAACAAAAAAACAAACCUACUAAAGUGGAAUUGAGGAGGACCUGGGCUAGGAGCUAGUUGCCACCUAGAAGUGAAUGAUUGUUGGGUCUCGAGGCCGCAGUAGAGUGUUGCUCAGUGGAUUCACGUGCCCGAUUGCCCCCGUUUUCUCUCUACAGGUCUGUGGCAGAGGCACAGGCCUUUUCCUAUAUUGGUGAUUGUAGACGAGUAAGCAGAGAACUCAAGAGCUAAAUAACGGGUAAUGAUAUAAAAGAGGAAAAGGUUCUGGUUUAAAAGUGACAUGAUGUGAACCACAAAUAGGCAAUGACAACAAGUUUGUGUACUUCAUUUAACAUUUGGCAAGUGGUCCUCUGUGCACAUGUGGAGAAGCCAUGGCGCCAACACCGUGGUAGAAGGUUCUUUGGAUCCUCAUGGCAAGACUAGGCUUCGAAAGCCUCUUUUACCCCCUCAGCAGCCUUCCCUCGGCAAAGACUGGCAAGUGGGCUUCAGUGGCCUGAACUCAGGGUAGAGAGCUUGGGGAUGAGUGCAUUGGAGAUGGUAGAUGUACUCAGGAGGUGGUACAUCUACAGAUGUAAAGUAGCCAGGUAGAGGAGAAUUUGACAUCACACGGGGUUAGACAGUUAGAAUUGAACCAGUCUGUCUUCCAGACAGCUAUAAUGAGAAACUGAACAAGGGUCUGCAGGAAGUUGGCAAACUAACAGAACUUGCCUGUUUGAAUGCAGUAGCUGUAAGCGUAGUGUGCUGCUUGGAGGAUCAUUUGCAGGAAGAGGAGGCUUUGCAUGGUGACUAGCAUGUCUGCAACUUACUGAAGGCCAGGGAUAGGAACUAAAGUGUUAGUGAUGCCUUUGACAACAUGAGCAGAUCAACAGUGAAGGAGAGACUUUACAGGAAGUUGGCUUUGAGAUUAUUGAGACAAGAACAACCACUACAAGAAGACAGAGCCUUCGGUCCUCACAUGCUUCAGAAAAAAAUGUCUCUUCUGGACAGAAUGCAGAUACACAAAACACCUCAUUACAGUUUUUUUGCACUUGUUUCUGGCCAAAUAAAUGAGAAGCCAUUGAUUACCCUCCACCUCUUGGGCCUUUUAAAAAUAAUCAUGUUUGGAUUGUUUUAGUUCUCUUAUUUUUGUGAGGUGGUUCCGUUGAAGAAAGAAGGAAGACAUAGUGAAAAAAUUAGCUGUCAGAUGAUUUCAAAAUUAUAGCUGGGGCUAGAGAGAUGGCUCAGAGGUUAAGAGCACUGGCUGCUCUUUCAGAGGUCCUGAGUUCAAUUCCCAGCAACCACUUGAUGGCUCACAAUCAUCUAUAAUGAGAUCUAGUGCCCUCUUCUGUCCAGCAAGCAUAUGUGCAGGCAGAACAUUGUAUAAAUAAUAAAUCUUAAAAAAAAAAAUGAUAGCUGAUUUCUUAAAAUGUUCUGCUUUUACAUUGAUGGGUGGGACCUACAAUACUGUACAUUUUAAAAGACAAAAGGAACAUCAGUAAUAAUUUAUAGAGCAGUUAAGUGUAUUCGUGGUACUUUGAGGUUUUUAAGGAUUGUUGAAUGCUGAUCCCUUGACAUUGACUUUACCUUCAGUCUGAAUACUCUCAGGAGUUGAGUUGCACUAUUGUUACCCUUGUAAGAAGUAUUAAGAUUAGGUUUUAAAAGCAUUUUAUUUCUGUGUACUUGCUUAUGGAUGGCACAGUUCAGAUAGGUAGUGUUAUUCCUUGGUCAGACUAUUUCAGUUAAAUAUUAAGAAUGGGUUGGCAUUUACAGGCUUAUUUUUCUUGCUAUUAAUCUUGUUGCUAGAGACAUUAUGUAAAGAGUGUGGGCUGGUAAGAUUAACUUUUAAAAAUGUCCCCCCUACAGACAUGGCUUUAAUUACCUAAGAAGUUGGUUAUUCACUUCUUUUUUUGUUUUGUUUUGUUUUUCAGUACAUUAAAUAAUAAUGUAGCUUUAAAAAUGGAGUUAUGUUUAUGACCCUAAACAAACCUGACAUAGGUCUUUUCUCUUAGGCAUAAGAAAAAUACAUGAAAAAAAGGAAAAAAUAACAAAAAACAAAAACCAAGAACAACAACAACAAAAUGUAGAUGGGCUUGUGGCACACUAACUGUGGUUAAUGUCAGCUACUACAGAUUGUUAAACUUGUGGCCACUAAGCAUGCGACAGUAUAUGAAAAUCUCUAGACACUGUUCUUGAAAAACAAGUUCACUAAUGCGUUCACUUAUUUGGUGGAAAAUAUCCUAGAUUUGAUUACAUUCUGAGCCUAUAAUACUUAGAUUAAAGAUUUGGAAUGAAUGGAAUUAUUUAGCCAAUGUUCCCUCUGUUCUUAGAAAGACAGAAGUGUAAAUGUUAGCGCAAAUAUUUCUGCGACCUCCUACUGACAGGUCUGGUUUAUGCCAGAUCAUUUUCAGGCACUUACGUGGGAUCUCUGACAGGUUGUUAACUUUGGAAUGUGUGAGACAUGUGAAAUGCUCAUAUUUUCUCAUAUUGUCCCAUCGCCAAUACGUACGUAUUUUUAGAUUGUCAGAAGUCAUCAAUAGCUCAAGAAAUGUUUGUGUUAGACUUUAAAGCAGUACAGAGGGUAUAGGUUUUUUUUUUUUCCUCAUUGGACUUUUAAGUGAAAUUUGAUUUUUUUUUCAUGUAAAAUUGUAUAAAAAUCUUGUUGAAAAUAGGUUAAAUGGUAAAAUUAUUUAUAAGAGUUUUGUGAAUACUUUAUAACAUUUGAGUUUUUAUUU